CGAAGAAAUAAAAAUCCCUCCGGAAAAUCGCUUCUACUCGCCUCUCCGAGAUGCGUGCGUUAUAGUCGAGCCGAUGAAAUAAUUUAUUAACGAAUAACGAAACCCCAAUUGUACGGUAGAUAAAUUUCGAAUGCCGUCACGAAUUUCCCACCAUUCACUCGACGGAGCGCAUAAAUUCGUCGAAAAGAUGAGCUUUUAUAAGCUCGAAAAGAAACCGCGACUUCCUUUAAGUCGUCGAGUGUCGAGUUCGGUGAGAUCCACAAACGAGGCUCGUCCGGCGAUCGAUCAACAAUCGCCGUGAAAUUCGUGAUAAACGCAUCGAAUUUCGAUUCAUCGAUUUUUCGAUUUUCCGAAAUGUCGCGCGUCGUGCGAAAAUUCGGCGUUUCCACCGAGACCAGUUCGCGCGUACAGACUAUUGACUGUUCGUUUUAGUUAGGAAGUAGAUUUUGUUAAUUAAUUCUGUGUAUUCCGAAAUGGAUUCGGAUAAAAACGUACCGAGCGUGUCCGAAAUUGUCGAAAAAAGCGAAAAGAAUGUCGAUAACGGCGACACGGAAGAAAAUCCCGAGCAGGCUAAAAACAAGAAGUUCACCAUCAAGCAGAAAUGCUCGUUGGUGAUGUUGAUCACGGCGGAUUUCAUGUGCUAUUGCUCGAUGUCCAUAAUGGCCCCGUUCUAUCCCCAAGAGGCCGCCAACAGGGGUAUGACGCAAUCCAUGGCAGGAUUCGUGUUCGGUUACUUCGCAUUGGUUAUAUUCCUUUCGUCUCCCAUUUUCGGAAAACUGUGUCCAAAACUGGGAGUGAAAUUUUUAUUCAUCGUCGGAUUGUUCACAUCGGGGGUAUGCACUGUGAUAUUCGGGACACUGCAUCACAUACAAGAUUACAGCGGUUUCACCGUGCUGUCUUUCGUGAUACGGGGGUUCGCAGCCUUGGGCUCCAGCGCUUAUUCCACCGCUGCUUACGUGAUAGUCGUGAAUAUGUUCCCUGACAACGCCGGAGCGAUUAGAGGCGUCCUGGAAACCUUCGUGGGACUCGGGCUUUGCGCUGGUCCAGGCAUCGGAGGCGUGCUCUUUGAUAUCGGGGGCUUUGGUCUACCAUUCUACGUGGUCGGAGUGUUCCUAGUAUUAAUAGCGCCUCUUAAUAUCUUCACGCUCGAACGAUCCGCAAAACCUACCAUAACCAGUAGCGGUUCCUUGACGAGCCUCCUGAAGCUGACGCCCAUCAUGAUGACUUGUUUCAUCAUGGUAGUGGUAUCGAUGACGUGGGGAUUUUUGGAUCCGAUCUUAGAACCGCACCUGAGCAAAUUUAAUCUUUCCACUACAGCAGUAGGGUUGAUUUUCCUGCUGACGUCCGGAACCUACGCCCUAUCGUGCCCGCUCUGGGGCUGGCUCUCCGACAAAUUGGACGUCUAUUGGUGGUUGAUGACCGUCGGUUUAUUCGGCAACUCUGUGAUAUUAUUAUUUUUAGGACCUUGUUUAAAAUUUUUACCCGAAGCACUAUGGUUAAACAUGGUGAGUCUAGCCCUGCUGGGAAUCACAGUAGGCAUGUCGUUAAUGCCUACCUACCAGUUCAUCUUGGACAGCGCCCUCGAGAACGGCUACGCCGACGACAUAUCGACGCACUCGAUGAUAGCCGGCCUGUGGUCGUCGGUGUACUCGCUGGGGGAGGUCCUGGGCCCCGUGCUCGGCGGCUCCCUGAUGGAGCACUACGAGUUCGCCAACACCUGCGCCACGUUCGCGGCGCUGAACUUCCUCAUCGGCACGCUGACCACGGUGAUGCUGGUGAACAGGAAGCAGAUGCCGCUGAAGGGGAACAUUCUGACCGUGUUCCAGAACGCCAUCAAGCCGGAGGCGCACCAGAACGGGUGCGUGAACGUGGUGGUGGAGAAGGAGCAUAAGGUGAUGGAGACUAUAAAGACUAAGUGAUGUUGGUGACGCGAUGCGGACGUGUUUUUCUGUUUGUUUUAGGCGAUCGUUGUAAAUUGAGUACUAUGAGAUUUUUUUAUCAUUCUUAUUGUUAGUUAAAUCUUCUAAUUUUAAGUGCGUUUUCAAUGCCAUGUGUCUCUGAAACUUGCCAUUUGUGUUUCCUUCCUACUUUGUAAUUUCACUUACGCUUGAUUUUCAGUAAUCUUUGGAAUAUUUUCAUGUAUUUUAGUUGAGUAAAAAAUAGUACAGACCACAAAAAUUGUUACCGAAUCGUUGUUAUUAUGUUCGUACGAAAUAGAUAUUAUGUACAUACGAAACCUCGCUGUAUUAGGAAAACAUUUUUGUAAAUAAAAUUCUCUAGCUCAUAAAAUACGAAAUAAAAUUGUAUAUAAC